GAGCGGAACACAAACUCUCCGGCGCCACCACGAGAGCUCUGAUUUCUGGCGUCCGAUCCCGCCGGAGAAAAUUACUACCCCACAGUCCCGACCGCACACUACGACGGCGGCGACUCAGCACACGCCGCCGCCACGAUGCCGUCCGCCGCCUGCGCCGUCCCACCCGCCGCGGCGCCGGGAGACGAUAAUACCGCCGCCGUCUCCCCGAAGGUCCUCCUCGGCCGGUACGAGCUGGGCGGCCUCCUCGGCCGCGGCGCGUCCGCCAAGGUGUACCUCGCCAGGGACCUCCACACCGGCCGGGACGUGGCCAUCAAGUCCUUCCCCAACCCGCGCGCCGGCGGCGCCGGCGCCGGCCCGGCCCCCAUCGAGCGGGAGGCGGCCAUCCUCCGCCGCCUGCGCCACCGCCACGUGGUCCGCCUCCACGAGAUCCUCGGCACGCGCAGCCGGGUCCACUUCGUGCUCGACCUGGCCGCCGGCGGCGAGCUCUUCUCGCUCGUCGACGCGUCCGGCCGCAUGACGGAGGACCUCGCCAGGCACUACUUCCGCCAGCUGGUGUCCGCCGUGCGCUACUGCCACUCCCGCGGCGUCUUCCACCGCGACAUCAAGCCCGAGAACCUCCUCCUCGACGCCGCCGGCGACCUCAAAGUCGCCGACUUUGGCCUCGGCGCCCUCGCCGCCGACGGCGGUAGCAACCCCCUCCGCCACACCAUGUGCGGCACGCCCGCCUACGUGUCCCCCGAGAUCCUCUCCAAGCAGGGGUACGACCCGGCCAAGGUGGACAUCUGGUCCUGCGGGGUGGUGCUCUUCGUGCUCGCCGCGGGCUACCUGCCGUUCAACGACGGCAGCCUCAUCAACAUGUACCGCAAGAUCUACGCCGGCCGGUUCCGCUGCCCAAACUGGUUCUCCCCCGAGCUGCGCCACCUGCUGCGCUGCAUCCUCGACCCCAACCCCGCCACGCGCAUUGGCACCGACGGCAUCAUGGACCACCCCUGGUUCCGCCACGGCGCCACCGGCGACGACGCAUCACUCAUGCGCGGGCACGACGAGGAGGCGUGGUUCAAGACGGAGUUCAAGGAGGACGUUGGGCGCGAGAUGUCCGCGUUCGACAUCCUCUCCUUCUCCCCCGGCUCCGACCUGUCCGGGCUCUUCGGCGCCGGCCCGGGCACGGAGCGAGUCUUCGUUGGCGAGCCCGCCGCCGCCGUGCUCGCCAGAGUCGAGGACGCCGGGAAGAAAGGCGGGCACACCGUGAGAAGGGAAGGAAAGAACCGCGCCGCCGGGCCGGUGUACAUCGAGGCCGAGGGCGGCAUUGUCGCCAAGGUGACCGUGUUCAAGAUCGCGGACGCCGUGUCCGUGGUGGAGGUGGUCAAGGGCCAUGGCCCGGAGGCCUCGGCGUUCUGGAAGGACUGGCUCCAGCCGGCCGUGAAGCCCCCGGCAGCAGCAGCAGCCGCAGUGUGAUGACGAUGACCUCUCUGCCGAGGGUGAGCCAGCCGGGGUUCUUAAAAUUCCAACAUCGCCGUGCCCAUGCCGGCUGCCGGCGGCCGGCGCGCGCGGGCCGAGAUUUCUUGUUUCA